AUGCGUGUUAUAUCCAAUCUCCGAGGUCCUAAAACUGGAUCAUCGACCCACGAAGGAUUGCCCGUAGCCAAUGGCUCUCCUUCGUCUCCUUCCUCUUUCAAGCGUAAAGUUUCGAGCUUGUUGCCUUUCUGCGUCGCUCUUGUAGUCCUCAUCGAGAUCGGGUUUCUGGGUCGGCUCGAUAACGCUGCUUUGGUCGAUACGUUGACCGAUUUUUUCACCAAAUCACCAUCGAGCUCGCCACAAUCUCACACCAGGCCGUCCGAUUUAAAAGCUGGGUCGGGAGUGGAGAGUUGCGAGGAGUGGUUAGAGAGAGUGGAUUCAGUGAGUUACUCCAGGGAUUUCAGUAAAGAUCCCAUCUUUAUCUCCGGUGGUAACAAGGAUUUCAAAUCGUGUUCAGUUGAUUGUGGAAUUGGAACUAGCUUUGAUAAGAAACCAGACGCAGCUUUUGGGUUAGGUGAUGAACCUGGAACACUCAGUAUACUCCGUUCCAUGGAAUCAGCAGAGUACUUCCAAGAGAACGAUCUUGCUCAGGCACGACGGACGGGUUAUGACAUUGUGAUGACAACUAGCCUGUCAUCAGAUGUUCCCGUUGGGUACUUUUCAUGGGCGGAAUAUGAUAUUAUGGCUCCGGUGCAACCAAAGACCGAGAAAGCUCUUGCUGCUGCUUUUAUAUCCAACUGUGAGGCUCAGAAUUUCAGGUUGCAAGCUCUUGAAGCCUUGAUGGAGGCGAAUGUUAGGAUUGAUUCUUAUGGUGGUUGUCACCGGAACCGGGAUGGGAGAGUGACGAAGGUGGAAGCUCUUAAGCACUAUAAAUUCAGUCUGGCAUUUGAGAACACCAAUGAGGAGGAUUAUGUCACUGAGAAGUUCUUCCAAUCUCUAGCCGCUGGAUCUGUCCCUGUAGUUGUUGGAGCUCCGAACAUACAAGAGUUUGCACCUUCUCCUGACUCAUUCCUUCACAUUAAGCAGAUGGGUGAUGUCGACGCAGUUGCAAAGAAAAUGAAGUAUCUUGCAGAGAACCCCAUCGCCUAUAAUCAGACGCUAAGAUGGAAACACGAAGGCCCUUCAGAUUCGUUCAAGGCACUUGUUGAUAUGGCAACUGUACACUCUUCUUGCCGUCUCUGCAUUUUCGUGGCUACAAGGAUCAGAGAGCAAGAAGAGAAGAGCCCCGAGUUUAAGAGACGACCCUGCAAAUGCAACAGAGGCUUAAGGACAUACUAUCAUUUGUAUGUCAGAGAAAGAGGCCGGUUUGAUAUGGAAUCCAUCUUUUUGAAGGAUGGGAAUGUGACUGUGGAAGCUCUUGAAUCUGCGGUUCUCACGAAGUUUAGUUCUCUAAGACAUGAACCGAUAUGGAACAAGGAAAGACCCGCGAGCUUAAAAGGAAACGGUGUGCUCAGAGUACAUACCAUAUACCCGCUUGGUCUCACUCAAAGACAAGCCCUUUACAACUUCAAAUUCGAAGGAAACUCGAGUCUCAGUACUCACAUACUGAGAAACCCUUGUGCCAAAUUCGAGGUUGUCUUUGUCUAA